UCGGUUUCAUGAAUGAUGCAAGCAACGAUCAAUCACCGUUUGUUCUUUGAAUCAACUGGCUUGGCUUGGGAGGCGACGAAGUGUGCAUCAAAUAGUGCAUUUUCUUGUAAAAGUUCCAGCAAAUUGCAUUUCCAGAUAAUAUAGUUUAAUAAAGCUUCUUCAGUACAUAGUUGAUUCAUUAGACAGUGAUAAUAAUAUUAUAAGUUAAAAGUUUGGUAUUUGUGCAAACUAAAUUUUUGUCUGGAGUGCUGACGAAAAAACAAAAUGGCCAGUGAAAAGUUCGACCUGCGAAAAGUGCAUCAAAGUUUUCAGCAAUCUCUAGCGGAGGAGGAUGAUGUGUUUAUCGACGGCUAUUUGGAAGCAUUUCGAGAACUUUACAAAUUUUUCGCCCUAAUGGGAACGGUUUUUGGAUUCGUCAGCAGCGACGUGAAAGAAAAAGUGGAAAUUCUGCAAAAGCUUCGAAUACAGAAGGAAAACGGCGACAAGUUUGAAAGCAUUCGGAAAAUGAUGGAGUAUGAGCGGUCUGCUAAUCUAUUGGAUAAGAAAGAUUACGUAUCGGGUUGUCGGACACUUUUGAGACUUCAUCGCGGUUUAGAUUUCAUCUAUGUCUUCCUGAAGCGGUUGGGCGAACUCAGCGAGGGUGACGCCAAAACGAAUGCCAUCUGCCAGACGGCAUACAAUGAAACGCUGGCCCAGUAUCACCCGUGGCUCAUCCGGAAAGGUGCGGUCGUGGCGAUGUACGCACUACCGACGCGUGAUCAACUGCUGGAAAAGGUAUGUCUGGAUGCGAGUGUUGCUAUUUCGCUUCUACCGGAGAUGUUAGCCGUCGGUCGGCAGGUUUACGACCGGACCCAGGAACUGUACACACAGUUCGAUAUGCAUGGGCUGCCGUAGAAGGUGCAGAGGCGGGAAAAAGCAUCGUCGUUGGGACCAUCGAUUCCUGGGGUUUUGGGUUAUAUGUUUUCGUUAGGAAUAUUGUGAUAGCAAAAGUAUUUUUUGUCCGUUUUUUUAGAUGAAUUAUUUAAACUUCAAGUUUAUUAGGUAGCAAACCAAAAAGAAAAAGAAAAAAAUGAAUCAUGGUUGCCAUUGCUGGAAGCUCAAUUGUUAAGUUUUUUUGUUUUAGUUUUCCUCUUGGCCCAAUGUGAUAAAUAAUUGAAAGUAUUGCUCAAGCUGUAAAUCAAGCGCUCAUAACGACGAUGUGCUACAAUUUACAAUCCUGGUGAGUAACAUUGCACUAGAUAUAAUUCAUAUAGCGUUAUAAGGAGUUCGUAAAAGUGCCUUGAAAGCAUAAAAUUUGGAUGAAAAUCUAAGUUUCGUUUAUUUCCUGAUGGCUUUAUGAGUUAUUCGUAUUAUUUUUUUCACAUCAACUCGGCUUGUAUUUUUUCCGAUACGCAACAGUGAAAAUGAAAUUCGAUUGUUCUAUAGUUGAACUAUGGUAUUUGUAACACAAAAUACUGGCUCCAGCACGCUACCAGUAUAAUGUAAACGCUUGCCAGCUGCUGGUUGUUGCCAGCAUGAAAAUUUCUGAAUGUUUUAAAUUUCAUGCUGGCAAGCGAUGCUGGAGAAGAAAUUCAAGAUGGCGACGGAAUGAAAAUAUUGUACUUUCGGUACGUAUUUCAUGUUUUUUUCUCAGUUAACAGAAUUCGUUCGCGUGAAGUUGAUCGAUAUAAAAAAUGAGAAUGCAUACUAAAUCGUUAAUAGCUAAAUGUUUUUAUUAUUGUCGUGACUUGAUGGUUUAUUUUGUCCUCCCAUUGUUCCGAAUACACUUUUCUUUAAAUAAAUUGAAAUAAUUUACUUCAAGCGAAAACUUGUUAUAUUUUUGUUGACCGCUCUUCUUCUAAACUGACUGAUAUUUUUUCAUUAAGCAGUAACUAAUAAAACCGUAGAAACACGAUCUUCUCUCGUUAUUAUCGUUGUUAAGUUAAUAUGUAACUUCUUAACAGACUACUAGCUUUGACAUAAUAAUUUAUAUUCAUUUAUCAAUUCUCUACAAUUAUAACAUUUUUUCGUAUUAUCAUAAACAUGAUUAAUACAAAAGAAGCAAAUUGUAUUACUUCGCAAUACUUUGAACCUUUGCUUAACGUUCAUAUUUUUUAGCUUAUGACGGUCCGGGGUUUUUUGGUUCCUUCGCAAACAAGGCAAUUUGCUAACUUGUUUUUUUUUUUUUAUGUUCUUCAUCAUCACACUUUUCUGUUGCUUCAGCAAGCAACAUUCUGGCUAAGUCCUCUUGCGGUUUUAUCCAGGUGUUGAAAUCAUCAAGUGUUAGAAUUUGAUGAUUUUGAUCUACAACUGUUUUCUCCAGCUUGUAUCGUAUCUAGUUUUGAUUCAAUGUUGGCGCUCAAGUUUAGCUGCCAAUUCUUUUAUCAAUCAUUUGAAUUUUGUCAUUUAAAUGCUCAUUAUGACACAGCAUUUUCAUAUUCGUUACCAGGCUGUCUAGUGCCGUGAUGAAAUCAAUUAUUGAUUUAUUAGGUGAUUCGAUCCUUGGAUUUCGAAACGCAGUUAAGUUUUUCAUGAUCGCACCUACAUUGCGCUGAUCGAUUAGAAGAAUAACUGAUUUCAAUGCUUCUCCUUUUAAGUAUUUUUGAAGCCUAUUGAGAUCCUUUAGGUCGGAAAAUUUUUCCGCAUUCGUGGUUUCGAGGUAAAUACUUUUGGAACGUGACCACACUUUGCGUGAACCGUCAAAAUAUGGCAAGUCCAUUUAUGACUACCUUACAAGGAAUUUUGAUAUUCCUUGCUCCGGUUCGUACACUCAGAAAAAUAAAAUGGUAAGAGCUACCAUAUGGGAGGUUAGUUCAACCAUACGAGUAUAGUGGUUUUCAGCACACAAUAAAAUCAGAUGAUGUUAACAAUAUGCAAACUCACUUUUACUAUGAAUGGUUUUGGCUCUAGAAUAGUAAUAUUGAACUGUAUAUCAUAGGAAUAACUACUACAAUUGAAAUGUUUAGCAUAACCAUGAUAGUAUCUUAUUUUUACAUAGUACUUAUUAUUUUAACUAGUGCCAUGGUAUUUUUUACAUUUCACUUCUGGAUUUUUCGAAACACGGAAGUAUGGUUAAUUUGACAAUGGUGAAGACCAUUCGAACAUGCGAAAAGGUUGAAAAGUUAUAUUUAUAGUAUAUAUAGGAUUUCUUCAGCCUUCAGUAUUUAUAGUAUUUCUCCAGCCAAUUUUUUCAGCAAAAACGAAACGUUACUUCCAACUAUUCUAUGACGAUAAAUUUACCUCCACUUGUUAGCGCUAGAGCUUGUUUUUGAUCGCUUGUAGGCAUUCAAAAUCACCAGCUCGUUGCUCUCUUUAACGUUUUAAUGUUUCCUUUUUAUUUCUGUUAUGAAAUCGAUCAUAUAAUACACCAGAAGGGUUUUUUACCAGCGAAUUUCUUGGGGAAUAAUACAGUUCCUAUAAAAGUGUAGAAAAAACGUUAAAUAUGACAUCGGCCGCUGUAAUGAAGCAGACGCAUUGAUUGACAAUUUGUAUAGUUGCACUGAGGAAAUACAUAGUCGGUAGAAAAACACCAUACGACGAUGAUCUUUCUACAUAUAUUGUGGCUGACAGUUUCACCAGCGUGCCUAGAAUUAACUUCCAUUUUAGUGUAAACUGUUUAAAGUUUUAAUUAUCAUUAAGAUUAAGAUUGCUUUAUUUCUAUCAGUUCCUUAACUUAUAUAUCCUAUGCUCUCCUAGCCUAGCUAAUUAGUUUUUACAAUUGGGAUUACUGAGAAUCUGGGAGGAGGAGCUAGAACGCGCAGUGUAAAUCGGGUUUAACCAAUGGGAUAUUUUAGUUGCCUUCAUGUAGGUAAUGUAUUUAUUUCAUGUAGGUUUCUAGGUUUUCGUGGAAUGGUGCUUUUACGGGAUUUUGUCAAGUGCGUGUGUUCUGGUGAACAGGGUAGACAUAAAUUCUGUACCUCUAUCUGUCAGAAUUUGCUUGGGUACACCAUAAUUCAAUAUGACAUUCUCAACAAAUGUCUGUAAGCACUCCGCAAUUAAUUUCUUUAAUGCGUUGUAUCGAGUUACUAAAUAAGUUUGAUUGCUAAUUGAUUGCGCGUUAACACUGAUCAAUUUAGUUUUAUUUUGUAAAUAGAGCAAUUUUUCUCUUUUUAUUUGUCUUGUUUCUAGCCUGAAUUGACUCCUCACUUGCAGGCUUUUAUAGAAUUUGUCGACCUCCUGUUCAAUUUUUUGGAAUUGGAAAUUGUCCAUUCCAUUCUAUGUGAUAUGUUGUUAUCAAACUUAUUGUUGUUGCAUUAUAUUCAUUUAGUAAAAAUAAAAAAAUGAAAAGAAUUUUUCAAUCAGUUUAGUGCAACUUUUUUUUGAAUUUUAUUCAAUGUAAUCUUUUUCAAGAAUUAAGAUUUCAUUUCUCCAUUUUUAAUCAAUAUAUAUAUAUAUAUACUUAUGUUCUUUAUUUCAUAGGAAGGUUUUUAAAAAAAUGUUUUACACUGAUUUCUUUGUUAAGACUAACACCGAACUGGUUCACUUCUUAAAUCGAACUGACUAACUUGUCCUGCCUGAAUGUUCGUUAGACCUGACUACCUAGCCCUAAACUAUUGAUUCAGCGGUUAUCCUGUCCGAACAUGUCGAAUCGUCGAUGCGGCGUGGUGGUUUCGGCUGAUGCAAUUACUAAUGGUUCCUGGCUAAUGCAACCACGGUGGCCGGAUGUCUGCUGCGAUGUCAGCGGUUCAAUAAUUGGUAACAGGGUGGUUGACAUCUCUACGCGUUGGAUACACGUACUGGCGUCUUACUGCUGGCGCGUACUUUGCUGAGGUCUGUGCGUACGGGCCAAGUGCUAUUCGGGUUCGUCCAUAACUUCCCCCUUCUUAGAUUGAACCGUCUCGGUUCAAUCCUGAUUGUGAGCUGUCUGCAACUUUGUCUAUUGGAAUUCGAAUGAUUAGUUUCAGCUUAAGUUUGCAGACUUCUCUUAUGAUGAGUGUAACGAAGGUUAUGACGAGACAUGUGAUUAAAACUAUGGCUCCAAUGUUGAAUACUCUGGUCCUUUUUG